AUGAAAGUUUUAAUUUUUAUGUUUCUGCUGUAUGCAGUCUUUGAAGUUGAAUGCGAAGGAAGGAACAUUCUAGUCUUUGGCGGAAACGGAUUUCUGGGAGCCAAAACCGUCGAUAAAUUUUUAGCACGCCACGACAACGUCACAAUCGUAAUUAGGGGAAAUUGGUAUUGGGAUUCAAAGACUAAGAUUAAACCUUUCGUCAAGGUGAUCCUUUGUGACAGGAAGAAAUAUCUCUCUGAAAACUGUCCAGAAUUUGUUGAUUUUCUCAAGAAUAAAGACUUUGAUAAAUUUGACGCUGUGGUUGACUUCAGUGCCUACAGCGAUCAUGAAAUAAAAGAAGCUCUAAAGUUGUUGAAACAUCAGGCUAAACUUUACGUCUACAUAAGUACGGAUUCAAUUUACGACGUAUGUGACACUCCAGAUAGCGAGCCAAUCAAAGAGGAAUCCGCUAUCAGACCAUUCGAUAAAGACAGGAGGGAGAGACUCAGUGAACAUCACCAGUAUGCAAAUAAAAAGUUUUUGGCUGAAGAGGAAUUGAUGUCGAAACGUAAGGAUCACGGAAUCCCGUAUGUUAUUCUCAGGUUACCGGACGUUGUGGGACCAAAAGAUACGACAUUCAGGAUCUGGAUCUACCACCUCUGGAUCAAACUCGCACAACUUCUUCCCGAAAAACCUGUCACCAUUCCAAGAUUUUUGAAAAACGUUCAAAACAGUUUCGUUUACGUUGAAGACGUAGCGAAUGUUCUCGAACAGCUAACUUCGGCCAAAAGGAGCGAGGAGGUUUUAGAUCAGGUUUACAAUUUGGCCUGGCAUGAGAACAUUACGACUGAAUUCUUCCUAAGAACAAUCGAGAAACAUCUAGGAAUCAAGAAACAAAAAUUCAUCAACGAUGAUGAUAGCGCUACAAUGUACCUAUACCCAACUGUCAGAGCCGGGACACUGGACUCAAGCAAAGCUGUGAAAUACCUUUCUUGGAAUCCAACGCCAUUUGAUGACGCGAUCAAAGCUACGGUAGAUUUCUACGAAGAUGUCAUGAAGGGCACCACUUACGAAGUACAAAGAGACGAGAUUAUUCAAAUUCAGUCGGCUCAUCUUUAUUCCGAUGAUAAGGAGAAGUUUUACCAGGCAGUCGAGAAAACUUACAACAUCAAUCUCAAUCAUUUCCGACCUCACGACGAAUUAUAA